AUGACAUUCAAUGUCGAUGGAUGCAAGAGAUUCAGUAUUGGAGAAGAGUCCAGUAAGCCUAAUCGCACCAUAAUGCUUAUGGGCGCAACCGGUGCUGGGAAGACAACUCUCAUCAACGGGAUGAUCAAUUACAUUUUAGGUGUUAAAUGGGAGGAUCCAUAUCGCUUUAACUUGGUGAAUGAAACUCAGUCAACAUCACAAGCUCACAGUCAGACCUCUGAAGUCACUGUUUACAAAAUCAACCACCAGGAGGGAUUUCAAAUCCCGUUCUCUCUGACCAUUGUGGACACUCCAGGCUUUGGAGAUACAAGAGGCAUAGAAAGAGACAGAGAGAUCGUAGAGCAGCUACGUAAUCUCUUCACUUCCUCACAUGGUGUCAGUGAAAUCGAUGCUGUGUGUUUUGUAGCUCAGGCUGCUUUAGCACGACUCACACCAACACAGAAAUAUGUGUUUGAUUCAGUGCUCUCAAUCUUUGGCAAAGAUGUGGCAGAAAACAUCAGCAUUGUGGUGACAUUUGCAGACGGUCAGCGACCUCCAGUUCUCGAGGCGAUCAAUGCUGCAGGAGUCCCAUGUCCUAAAACAAAAGACGGGCUGCCGGUUCACUUCAAAUUCAAUAAUUCAGCGCUGUUUAUAAACAACAAACCAGCUGUGGCAGAAAGCAUGAAUGAUGAUGAUGACAAUGAUAAUGAUGAUGAUGAAGAGGACUUCAAUCAGAUGUUUUGGAAGAUGGGGACGAAAAGUAUAAAGAAGUUUUUUGCUGCUCUGAAUAAAAUAGAAACUAAAAGCUUGACACUGACAAAGGAAGUCCUCAGAGAAAGAAAGCAGCUCGAGAUUUCAGUUGAGAAUCUGCAGGUGCAGGUGAAACUUGGGUUAGCCAAGCUUGAGGAGAUAAAAGAGACGAGGGAAAAAAUUAAAAACUGCAAGGCAGAGAUCAGCAGAAAUGAAAGCUUUGAGUUUGAAGUUUCUGUUAAAAUCCCUGUUCCGGAGGAUAUUUCGAAUCCUGGAAACUACAUCACUAAUUGCAAGCAGUGUCAUUACACCUGUCACUACCCUUGCCAGACAGCAAAUGAUGCAGAUAAAAGGGGCUGUGCAGCAAUGGGGCCAGACGGAUACUGUACAGAGUGCCCAGGGAAAUGCAUCUGGAAUGUACGUUAUAAUCAGAAGUACAAAUGGGUGUAUAAAGAAGUUAAAGAGAAAUUAACAAUAAAGGAGCUGAGAAAAAAGUACUUGAAGGCCAAAGGAGAGAAGAUGACUGUUCAAGCACUGGUUGACAAACUGAAUGCUGAGUACGACUGUUUGCAGGCUGAGGUGGUGAAACUGGUGGAGAGAUCUGCAGAGUGUCUGAACAGACUCAAAGAGAUAGCACUGAAGCCAAACCCUCUGUCCACUCUAGAACACAUCGACGUGCUUAUUGAAGGAGAGAAAUCUGAGGCUAAACCAGGCUGGAAGCAACGAGUUCAGUCUCUGACGUCCAUGAAGGAAAAAGCAGAGCUCAUGGCUCACGUGGAGAAAUUUAAUUAA